AUGGGCAGCGAAAGGAAAUCAAGGGAGGGUGAGAAGAAGAAGCUCAAGAGAACUUCUCCCUCUUCUCCGCGAGACGAUGCGAAGAGCAAAAGGGUAAAAAUUGGAGACGCUGACAAGAAAGAGAAAUCUAAUAAGAAGCACAAAUCCGAUAAAUCUUCCAAGCAUCGUUCUGAUAAAGAAAAGAAGUCUGGAGAAAAGCGCAAAGAUAAAGAUCGCAAGCAUCGUGAUCGUUCGAAACUAAAAUUCCAAGAAUUGUCCAAUGAAGACUAUUUCUCCAAGAAUAAUGAAUUUGCUACAUGGCUGAAAGAAGAGAAGAAAAUGUUCUUCUCAGAUCUUUCUUCCGAUUCUGCUCGCGAUCUAUUCAAAAUGUUUGUCAUGGAAUGGAACAACAAGGAGCUCGAACCCCGAUACUACGAUGGCAUUGCAGCUGCACCUCGGACAUCCCAUAACUGGAAUAUCAAAAAGUAG